AUAAUUGGACUUUUCAUUAAAAUUAGAAUACAUACAAAUGUAUCGUUGACAAUUCUAAACCUUUUCAUUACAUUCUUGUCCUGUUUUGCAUAAGUGCUUGAUCUUUCUUUAAAUAAUUUCUUUUAUGUAGAUUGCGGCAGUAUAUAUAUUGAGAACGGAAAUGUUCAUACGCCAACUGGAAAUUUGUUAGGAGCUGUUGCGAAUGUUACGUGUAAUACAGGGUAUGAAUUUGUAGGCAAUGUUUCACUAUACUGUCUAAGUACUGGAUGGAAUGGAACUGUGAUCUGUGUUAUACAAGAUUGUGGAGACCCUACUCCUGGAAAUGGCUUCGCCCAGUUACCUUCUGGGACAACGUUCGGUUCGAGUGCACAGAUCAGUUGUAUAGAAGAUUACACGCUUACUGGUGGUUCACUGGUUGUUUGUCUUGACGGCGGUGUCUGGAGCGAUUUACCUGCCUGUGUUAAAACACAAGAAGUUAGACAACCUGAAGCUGAUGAAACAUUCAACGUCGAGACAACUGUAGUGUUUGGAGCGGCACUGGGUCUUAUUACCCUGGUCGCACUUAUCGCCUUAUUCAUCUGUAUCUAUCUAAAGCGGUGCAAACAGUCCGUUGAUAAGACUGACACAUUUGAGGAAAAUAAUUUUAGCGAUAGAAUUGCAAGACGCGAUCAUCCCGAUGGUUUUGGCCCUCGGUCCACUUACCCAUCAAUAUUAAUGGCACACCCACCACCGGCUCCUCCUUUGAAGUUGUCUAAAAAAGGAAACGUAAACGUAGUACCACCGAUGACAAAAACAUCACGACCAGCAUUAGGAGUUGCAUCUGUUAUCCCGACAUCUUCUAACCCGAAUGGGAAUAGUCAUGAUGAUUUGUCGCAUGUGACAGAAGAUACACGUAGAAUGCAUACGUUCAUUGACACUUUACAACAUACGGCUGAAAUUGCAUCCCCAACACAUGAAAUAGAUGUUCCAGGGGUAUCUAUCCUAAGCCAUCAACCAAGUUCUAAUGUUAGCUCGGAACAGAGGCUAUCAAACGAAAAUACAAUGAUAGUGACAAAAGCACGAACUGAAUCUUCAAAAACAGUUGCUUAUGGUCCUGUAUCAGAAACGUCAAAACAAAACGUACUAACAGAACAAGGGAUAAUUCCCGAUAAACACAGUGAAGAAGAAAUCGUAUCUAAACUUCCCGAAAACAAAUCUGAUAUUGAAAAUAACAUGAACAUUUAUCCUUUACCAUCAGGAAUCGUGAAAACAAACGAAAAACAAUGCCAAUCUCAGACUUACAGGAAUACGCCUGCUACACAUAAAAUGGACGAAACGGCUAUCAAUACAGAAGAUAAGGAAAACCCUACAAUUGCUCCCAUUCAUGUUCCGGUUGCAACUAUAGAUAACAAGCAGUCCAAAACUGGAGACAACACACGUUCAAGUCAGUCAGUUGUUGAAAUAAACGAAAGGCAGUUACAUAAAACGGAAGAAUCACAAAUGAAUCACACCAUUUGUGAACGAAAAGAAAUAUAUCUAACACAGGAAACCAUUGCUAACAACGGAGAUAGUGUGGAACGUUUGACGUCAAGUCAAGGUGUACAUUCGCGCACAGCAAGCAUUUCAUCCAAUCCCGCUCCUUUAAUGCCGUCAGUUGAAAGCGUAGUGUCGUUAGAUAAAUAUUAUAAUGUUAAUGGAAAUGCAGACUCUGUGGUAACUGAAAAUAAAUUUUCAGAGUCGUCAGAUUCGGAAAUAGAAAUUUUAGUUUCGGUAUCAAAUAACAAGAAUAAAACACAUAAAAAGAACACGGUAAAAGAUAGAGGUAAAAUUACAGAGAAACAUGAUAAGUCCAUAGUAUCCAAUGCAGAACCGCUCAGACAACUUAGAUCAUCGUAUAGGGCAGGUCCUAUUUCUGCGGGUAACUACAAUCCAGCGGUUGAUAAGAAAGAUACUAAGUCGAAGAUAAAACAAUCUAGGAACGACAUAAAACAGGUUAAACAAAAUACCGAUAUUGUGGAUGAAAAAGACGCUAGACUGGGUAAAAUGUCAGCGAUUUAUCGAAGCAGGUCUCCGAGGAAAGAAAUCAGGAAAACACCAUUAUAGGCUGUUCAAUUUGAAACUGGCAAAGUGUGGUUUGGUCUAUUAAUUGAUAGUGAAAUUACGUCAGUAUUAAUCAAAAGUUUUAACAAAAAUCUAUGGAAUAAAUUAUCUAGUAUUAACUGUGUAGCAAUGGAGAUGUUUCUAAUUUUAAUCCAGUAAAAUUGGUGAUUGUUUUUGUCUAAAAAUCGGUCUGUAAAUACGUCAUUCUGUCUUUUAAAAUGCUCUUUUAAUAAUGGUUCGUGACCUAUUUUGUUGAACAUAGGAACGAUUUACAUUGUGUUUUUAAACACUGCAGGUUCUCAUUGUUACAAAAUUCUCGUAUAAUCACCCUAGGCCUAUAACUAAACUACAUGUAAAUGCGAUUUCGGUUGUAACUUGUUGUUUGCUUGAGAGGUUUUCCUGUGUAACUUUCGCGGUUAACUUUUACACAUGAU